AUGGCUCCCUUUACUCUAGCUGAACUGAAAGAGAUAGUCUUCUCCAUGCAUCCAGAGAAGGCCCCAGGUCUGGAUGGGUUUACGGCACUACUCUUUCAAAAGUGUUGGGAGUUUAUAGGGAAUGACGUAUUGCUAGCCUUGGAGGAAUCUAGAAGAAAUAGGUCUAUCCUUAGAGAGCUUAAUACUACUCUAAUUGCUAUCAUUCCGAAGGUGGAUAAUCCUACUUCGUUCUCAGAUUUUCAUUUGAUUGCCUUGUGUACUACUUUAUAUAAAAUCUUUACUAAGGCAAUUUCAGUUAGGCUAUCUAGGCUCCUCCCUCGGAUUGUCUCCCUAGAACAGGGAGGAUUUGUUCCUGGUCGAGAAACAUCUGAAGGUGUGAAUGUAGCUCAUGAAGUUCUGCACUCUAUUUCUCAACAAAAGGUUUUGGCUAUGAUACUUAAGCUAGACAUGUUGAAGGCUUAUGAUCGGGUCAAUUGGCAAGCUCUUAGGGUUGUUUUAUAUCAUCUGGGCUUUUCGAGCUGUUGGGUCAAGGAGAUCAACGUCAUUGCAGAUUUUUUAGUAAAUAAGGCUGUUGUUGAGGAUGUCGAUUUCCUGGAGAUUAUGUUUAGAGCAGGCUCUGAUACAUCUUCAGUUACCCUAGAGUGGGCAUUGUCAUUGUUAUUGCGACAUCCCCAUGUAAUGAGGAAGGCGCAGGAGGAACUUGAUUCUAAAGUUGGAUGGAGGAGAGUGGUGGAGGAGUCAGAUAUACCCCAACUAACAUACCUGCAAGCAAUAGUGAAAGAGACUCUGUGUUUUUAUCCAGCAGCUCCUUUGUUGUUGCCACAGAAAUCUGAAGAGGCUUGCACAGUGGGAGGCUACCAUAUUCCUGCGGAAACAAUAAUGAUGGUAAAUGCGUGGGAAAUUCAUAGGGACCCAAAAGUGUGGAAUAAACCAUUGGAUUUUAAACCAGAACGUAUGAUGUUUGAUGCGGUAGCAUCUUAA